UUAUAGGAGCGAUUAGCUUGUCUUUGGGGAGGGGGGGCAGCUGAAGCGAUUUUCAACACCCCAUCCUCCGGCGGUGUUCCUACCGCUGAGGCCAAACCGACCAUGCUUCCCAGCGUUGGAGUGGAAAGCGUCGGAGAUCUAUCUCACCACUCCAAGUCUAGGCAUUGCGGGGCGGAGGGCGCUGCACAAGGGUUCCGGCCUACAAGUGGCCCGAGGGCCCUGGAGGGUGCGGUCACUGGACAGGCAUGACACCUGCUUGCCAACCAGGGUGACACAGAGGUCUAUACCCCGGUGUUCCUCGGGCGCUUGUCUCAUCUCUGCUUUUUGCCUGUGUUAUCUGUCUGUGUCUCUCUGUCUCUGUUGGUCGGCAUGUUUGUGUUGCCGUCUCCUUGAGUCCGUUCCUCACACUUCUCUGUCCAAGGCCCUGACGCCGCUGGUGUGGGCCAUUUCCCUCCCCGCACCCCCGCCCCCCGCCCGCAGGCGGCCCCGGGAGCUCUCCGUGGUGCUGAUCUUGUGCAUUCCUGUCCGCAGUACUGAAAUCCGUGCGUAGGGAUGGGGGCUGAGGUCAGAGGGGUGAAAGGAUGGUCAGAGGCACAGCCCAGAGGCUGGACAUGUCUGACCUACGAGCACCCUGGACUACCCCAAAUGUGCUGGGGGAAGGCUAGGUCCACUAGGUCUUGGUUGCUGAUGCCUCCAGGACAUCAAUGGGUGUCCACAGGGGGGCCCAGAGACAGUGCCUCCUGAUUUGUUCAUUACUCGACUUGUAUUGAGAACCUACUGUGUGCAAAUUAGUGUAAUGGGAUCUAAAAGUACAGCAGUAAAGCAGACAGACAAAAAUUCUGCACUAGCCUCAAAAGGAAGGGAAAGAGAUUUGUGGUAGUGGUCAUCACUCACAUAAACACAUAUGCCCACAUAUGAGCACAGGUGCACACACACAUACACAUACACUCUGCAAACAUACACACAAACAUGAACAUACCAACACACAUUCAACAAACAGAUUCAUAUACUCAUAUCCACAUACUCCACAAAUACAUACACAUAAAACACAUACUCAACAAACACACAUAUACACACAAACAUAUAUAGUCAUAAAUUCACACUCUGCAAACACAUACUCAGAAAAUGCAGACAUAUACACACUCAGCAAGUGCACACACACACAACACAUACAAACACUCAAAAACACAAGCACUCACAUAUAGUCCUAAAGCCAAAGGAAACUCAGCUACACAUAGACAAACUCUCAUCCAACAUACAGACACAUUAUCCUUCCAAAACAACACAUGGAUACACUCGUAUAUACCAACUGCAGGACUGUUUUUCUCAUCGGACUCUCCCACUAGAAUGUCAGCUCUAUGAGGAUUGAGAUUUUCAUGUCUUGAUCACUACUGCAUCCCUGGAAUCUGACACACAGCAAGUGCUCAAUAAAUGGUGAAUGAAUGAAUUGACGUAGUAUUCCCAGUGGACACAUUCCCAGAAACUACAGAGGAACACACACACACACACACCUACACAUUUCAGAUGCAGACACACCCUCUCCACACAUUACAACACCCCCUUGUUCACUCAUGCUUAACAUUCAUGGUCAACCUUUAUCCAUUCACUUUAUCCACUGAUCCAACAUUUUCGCAGGAUACCCAUCCCAUCCUGAUCCUACAUCUCCUCCCCUACAUGCAUUAUCUUACUCUUACUCAACUGGACACACUUGGCUUGGGACACAUACAGUUCUCCUUAUCCAGAUUUUGAACACACACACACAACCACACAACCAAGAGACACAUAUAAACUGCAUAUACAUACACACACACAGCCACACAAACACACCCUCAUUCGACACACACCCCACACAUAUAGAUCCAUAACCUCAACAUAAAGGCAGACACGAUAAUGUAUACACACAGGUGCCAAGUCCUCUAGGCUUUGGUCUGCUGGAGCAGGGGGUGGAGUGGAGGGAAACCCCUCCCCUGCAUCAAACCACACCCUCUUCAGCUGCCACCGUUUCCUGGACUUAACCCUGAGGUGUCUCAGCAGCGCCCUAGACCCCAGUCCUGCUGACAGGUGGAUAUGGCCUGCAGGGGCCUCACUCAACCCAGGAGCCUGGCUUGGGCCCUGCAACUGACCCUGGCAUGGAUCCUGCUAGCAGCCUAUGGAGGGAGCUGCCCACACCCACUUCAGUCCCAGAGACACUAUAGCCUUGGGGCCAAUCUGGGCACAGGCCAGCUGCACCUGGUAGGGGACCCCCAGGUCUUGGUUCCCCAACCUUACCUGAGGAUUCAGGACCCCAACUCAAAGGAGUUUCUUUCUCCAUGGCCGUGUUGUCCCACAGAGAUAGACACACCAGAGGCAUCGGACCCUGGAAUCCUUCCAGAACGCUGUGGGAAGCCGAGCCCUGGGUGCGAAUCCUUCCUGGGACACCUCCAAGUUGCCCUCCGAGGUCGCUUCCACUUCCUGCUAUUGGGUAUACGCCAGACACAGCCGCUCUGCGGGGAGCUCUGCGAUGCCUGGUUUGCCACCUGCAAAAACGAUAUCACCUGUGGCCCAACUUGGCUUCCACUCCUUGAAAAAAGGGACUGUGACCCUGGCUGCAGUACCUACGGGCAGACCUUCACUGACGGGGUGGACCUUUGCCGCUCGGUUCUGGGCUACGCGCUGCCGAUGGCAGUUCCUGGGCCUGGUCACUGCCUCAACAUUUCCAUUUCGGUGCGUCCGCAUCCCAGACACGGACGGAAGUCCCGGGAAACCACCUUCCCGCACUCCCGCCGCCCUCGCACCUGGAUCCUGGACACUGCGGGCAGCGGGAGUGGCAGUGGAAGCGGCAGCGUCCCCUAGGGGGCGCCUGGCCUUGGAUGGGAAAUGCGUCGCUUUGCCCCCAUCCUUCCCCCUGCCCCUCAAGACACCCAGAGCUCCACCCCUCUCCCUUUCUGCCUUCUAGUUUCUAGAGCCCCCUGUCCCUCCUCCCUGAGGCUCCAGAGACUCGCCCCUCUUCAGAUUAUUCGAGCAAUAAUCCAAUGCAAACUCAUUUCCUCUCCGCCUGAAUAAAGUUGCCAGCUAGA